AUGAGCACUCUUACCAACUCUACCUUGGAUGGGUUGAAGCUCCUAUCCCGUGGAAAAGUGCGCGACGUCUACGAGACUUCAGACCCGAACGCACUCCUCUUUGUGGCGAGUGACCGGAUAUCGGCCUACGAUGUCAUCCUCAACAAUGGAAUUCCGCGAAAAGGAGAAAUUCUGACGCAAAUGUCGUUAUUUUGGUUUGAAAAGCUCAGAGAUGUCAUACCAAACCACUUGAUUACAGCAAAUGUCGAAGAAAUGCCGCAGGAUAUCCAAGUUCACGCGGAUUUGAUUCGAGGGAGGUCCAUGCUCGUGCGUAGAGCCAAGGUUGUUCCUUUGGAAGCCAUUACCCGUGGCUAUAUCACUGGAUCCGCAUGGUCCGAGUACAAAAAGACGGGUACUAUGCACGGAAUGAAGCCUCCAGAGGGCCUCAAAGAAUCCCAGAAACUCCCCAGCCCUGUAUUUACGCCGUCUACGAAAGCGGAUGCAGGUCAGCACGAUGAGAAUAUCCAUCCAGAUCAAGCAAGGAAGCUUGUCGGAGAUGCUGUAUAUCAGCGUAUCUCAAACGCAGCUGUGGAAUUGUACAGCAGAGCCGCCGAGUAUGCCCUUACCCGAGGAGUCAUCAUCGCAGACACCAAGUUUGAGUUUGGACUAGUUCCUUCCCCAAAUGCCUCGUCUGAAAUUGUUGUCGACGGCCAGCCCAUGGAUCUCAUCUUGGUGGACGAAGUCUUGACUCCCGACUCGUCACGAUUCUGGCCACUGGAAGGAUAUGAAGAGGGCAAGAAUCAACCUAGCUACGACAAGCAAUAUCUCCGAGACUGGAUGACGGGGGCGGGCUUUACGAAAGGAUUGGAAAAGGGGCUGGAUGGCAAUGGCUGGGAAAUUCCUCCAGACGUUGUCGAAGGAACCCAGAAGCGAUACCAAGAGGCUUUAGAUCGACUCACGGGGUCGUGA